CAGAAGCGGAGCAGGCCGGACAUGAGAGAGGCCUUGUGUCAGAUACUCUGUUCCACCUUCAACACCGAUGCCACAGACAAUUCCAAGCUUUCACAAGGAAACAAUGUCACCAAGGAUGGAGCAACAAUUGGGAGUGGCGAAGAUGAGCCUCGCGGAGGGGACAAGCUGGAGGGGGCCGGCUCAGCUCAGGGUGACGCUCUUCACCUCCAGAGACGGGUGGGACUCCUCAGUGGGGUGGCUCUAAUUGUUGGAACUAUGAUUGGAUCUGGCAUAUUCGUUUCACCGACUGGCUUACUGGUUAGAACAGGAUCAGUUGGAAUGAGUUUGAUUAUUUGGAUAGCUUGUGGUCUCCUAUCGUUGUUAGGAGCACUUGCAUACGCGGAACUUGGAACAAUGAACACAAGUAGUGGAGCAGAAUAUGCCUAUUUUAUGGAUGCAUAUGGACCACUUCCAGCAUUCCUAUUUUCAUGGGUAUCCACACUUGUAUUGAAACCUUCACAAAUGGCCAUUAUCUGUUUGAGUUUUGCAAAGUACGCUGUAGAGGCAUUUGUCACGGAAUGUGAUCCUCCAGUCACAGUUGUGAAACUCGUAGCAGUUAUGGCAAUAUUGAUCAUCUUAUUUAUAAAUUGCUACAGUGUUAACUUGGCAACAAGUGUUAUGAACGUAUUCACCGCAGCCAAAUUAAUAGCAGUUAUGGUAGUAGUGGUUGGCGGAAUGUACAAAUUAGUGCAAGGAAAUACACAAAACAUGGAGAAUAUGUUUGAAGGAACUACAUAUUCUAUUGGGAAUAUAGCUACAGCAUUUUACACUGGUUUAUGGGCCUAUGACGGAUGGAAUAAUUUAAAUUAUGUGACAGAAGAGAUUAAAAAUCCUUCAAAGAAUUUACCAAGAUCUAUAGUUAUUGCUAUCCCAUUGGUUACCGUAUGCUAUGUCCUAAUGAAUAUUUCUUAUCUGGCAGUAAUGUCUCCAGUAGAAAUGACUGAAUCAGAAGCUGUUGCUGUGACUUUUGGUAAUCGUAUACUUGGUUUUAUGGCUUGGUUAAUGCCACUAUCUGUGACUAUCUCAACAUUUGGCUCUGCCCAUGGCACUCUUUUUGCAGCAGGAAGAUUAUGUUUUGCUGCAAGUCGAGAAGGUCAUCUUUUGAAUAUACUUUCAUAUGUGCAUAUAAGACGAAUGACACCUGCACCGGGACUCAUAUUUCAUUCAUUGAUUGCCAUUGCUAUGGUCUUAUCAGGAACCAUUGACUCAUUGAUCGAUUUCUUCAGUUUUACAGCCUGGAUAUUUUAUGGUGGAGCAAUGUUAGCUUUGAUUGUGAUGAGAUUUACUCGGCCAAAUUUCCCUAGGCCGUACAAGGUACCUAUUAUCAUUCCAUUUAUAGUCUUGGGGAUUUCAUUGUACCUGAUUGUAGCUCCAAUUAUAGAUACUCCUCAAAUUGAGUAUUUAUAUGCUACAUUUUUUAUACUAGCAGGAUUCAUAUUUUAUAUUCCAUUUGUCUACUAUGGAUUUACAACUAUUGCCAUGGAAAAAUUUACAGUAUUUUGUCAACUCUUAUUUGAAGUUGCUCCGACUCAAUCUAUCUAUGAGUGAUCAGAUAUUAUAUUAGUGAAUACUUUUUUAUGAGAAGAAAUGUUUAUUUUAUGACUAGUUUGUUAUAUAUAUUUUAUAAAAAUAUAUUGUUUGUUUAACUUGAGCUGUGAAACAGCAAAGACUUUUGUAGAAGUUACUUUAAAAGGUUAAUUUUUGUUAUGGUGGGCGUUAUUGAUUCUGAGUAUUUCUUGAAUGAAAAAAGAAAAACAUUAUUCCAAUGCCAUUAACAUAUCAAAAUGACUAUAUGUUGUGAAAAAGAUUAAUUUAUAGUUGUCUGUUAACAAGAAUUUUGUACUGGUAUAGAAUUAUUUAAAUGACAAAUAUCUGUAGCUUUGGUGUUACAGGACACCAUGUCACAUUCCUUAACUUUAUGGGAGAGCAGUUUGAACAGAUGUUCCCUCCAAAUCAAAUUGGACUUAGUUUUCUUUUAGAAGCAAGUAAUUUAUAUUACAGUUUGUCUGGAAUACGGGUAUCUGUUCCACUGGAUAAAGUAAAACAAGUGUAGUAAUGCUAAAAUGAUAAAAAAAAAUGGGCAUAGUGUCCUAUACCUCCAAGAUACUGGUAUAUUAUUUUUUAUUUAAAGUACUGCUAUGUAGGUAGCAUAAUAGCUACUUCAGAAGAACAGAGGUCAUUUAGUCUUUAUAAAUGAAUCAAAUUUAGUAGAAUCAAUGAAGAAGUGAUCAUUACAUUUUUAGCCCAUAGCGACAUGCUAGUACAUAAAUAUUAUUCCAAAAUAAGUUAAUAUAGAAUUAACCCUUUUGGUAACAAGUACACAAGGCUGGCUGUUAAAGAAGAUAUUGUUUAUGGAAAAAUUAAUGUUAAAUAGCUUUAAUAUGCUGUAUAUCUUUGUUUAUGUUUUAUUUAUUAUAAUAAAACCUGCAUAGG